GAGAGUAUUCUGUGUCUAAACUUGUUGAUUUCUUGCGUGAAAGGAUGCAGCAAUGGUUCACAGAGAGGAAAGAUAAAGCUGAGAAAACAAGUACUAUACUCACAAAGAAAUGUGAGAAACGCCUGGUAGCUUUGCAAGCUGAAUCCACACGUAUGAAGGUUAAACCAUCAUGUGCAUAUGAAUUUGAAGUUGUUGACAGUAGAUGCAAGUCCUUUGUGGUAAACCUCAACUCUAGAAGUUGUACAUGCGGCCACUUUCAAUUAGAUCAAUUUGUGUGUGUUCAUGUUAUGGCUGCAAUCGGUAUACGCCCACACCUUUCAUGUUAUACAUACAUAUCUCCAUAUUACACAAGAGAUGCUUGGCUUGCUACAUGGUCUGGUAUCAUGCAUCCUAUUGCUGAUCCUGACAGUUGGUCAAUUCCUGCUACUAUUCAAAACCAGAGAUGCAAGCCACCAAGUUGUUUGAAGCGUCCUCCUGGUCGCCCUAAGAAAUGCAGGAUUCCAUCCAUUGGAGAAUAUAGAGGUUCAAAA